UCCUCGCCGUCUCCCUUUCUCUUCCGCCCCCAUCCACCGACCGCCGGUCCGCCGCUCCAAUCCAACCAGCAGUCCAGCAACCACCCCUCCGCCCCCGCGCUCUCCCGUACGCCGUCCAUGGCUGCCCGGCGGUCCUGGGCGGACCUUCCCGCCGAUCUCGUCGCAGAGAUCGCCCGUCGCGUGCCGUGCCUCACCGACCGCGUCCGCGCUGCCAGGGCGUGCCGCACCUGGCUUGAAGGCGCGCUGAAGGACCCGUGCCCGCUCAAGAUCCCAUGGCUCCUCCUCCCCGCCGACGCUCUCCCGCCCGAUGCCAUCCGCAGGGCGUCCUUCUUCUGCGUCCUCUGCAACCGCGCCCACCGCGUCGCCGUCCCGAACGACAUGGGCGGCGCACGCUUCUUCGGCGCGUACCCCGGGGGCUGGCUGUUCCUCGCCUACGGCCAGAGCUGCCGCCACGGGCUGAUCAACCUCCGCACCCACGAGAGCCUCUACCUCCCCGACAACGCCGUCACAUUUGACGAAUCGGCGUCGAACCGGAACCAUCCCAUGCUCAUCCGCGCCGCCACCCUUUCUGCCCCGCCGGCCCCGCUCGAGGGAUGCGUCGCCGCCGCCAUCGUCACGGAUCUUACUCCGGAUUAUUUCUUCGAUCCAGUGCAUAUUACGCUUUGGCGCAUGGGGAGCCGGCUGGGCUCCACCAUGUUCCAGUUCGACGCCGAGGACGUCAUAUACCACAACGGCGCCUUCCAUUUCCUCUCCCAGCAUGGGGAUCUGCUCAUUUGCAGGCCAGAAUUCCAAGAUGAAGCGCCCCUGGAACGACUGCAAGUGCGGAGGGAAUACCACCCGAUGGUGGGCGUGGGCUUUGUGCUGAACGCCGGCGCUUGCUACCUCGUCGAGUGCCGCGGAGAGCUUCUGAUGGUCAUGCGAGUCCAGCCUCAUCAAGAUGUGACAUCGCAGUUCAAGGUGUACCGGAUGACACAGGAUCAGGCACAGGACGCCGACCAAGCUUUCUACCGUUGGACCGAGUUGCCCGCGCUGGAUGGCCGGAUGCUGUUCAUCGGACGCGGCUGCUCCAGAUCCUUCGAGGCGGCUCAUUUCCCCGGAUCUCAGGAAGGCAUCUACUUCUUCGAUGACGGGAAUUUCUAUUCGGCGCCGAUUAUAUGCGUCGGAGACAAGCCCCCGCAGUACGGCUGCUGCAAAAACGGGGUCUGGUCCGGACCGCCUGAUCAUGUCCGCUACUGGUUCCCGGAACAGCGCCCAUCGACCUACUCGUCUCCGGUAUGGUUUCUCCAUUGAGACCACGUCUGUUGUUCGAUCUUGUUUUGCUGCCAGUCGAUGACGGUUGUUGAUCUGUGUAUGCCUGAUGAAUGGUCAAGGUGUUUCAGUAGUGCGCCACUAGGGCUUCAUCCCACUUCUGAAACAAAAAGGUCUUCUACAGUUGUUUGUUCAAUUGCUGUAUCAUGUCAGCAUUUCUGGCAUACUCUUGUCAGAUAAUUGAUAAUGCAUUUCAAGACUA